AUGGCUAGAAGACCGGUGACGUUGAACGCCGAGCACCGCCCGAACAAGGAGAGGCAACGACUUCGCCCCAUCAAUCUCUAUCCCAGCCCCAUCAACCUCUAUCCCAGCCCCAGCACCAGCUCCACCCCACCUCUACCCACCCCACAACUACCCCAGUCCAACUCAACCAACCUCUACCCCACCCCACCAACCUCUAUCCCAGACCCACCCCAUCUCUAUCCCAGCCCCACCAACCUCUAUCCCAGCCCCACCAACCUCUAUCCCAGACCCACCCCAUCUCUAUCCCAGCCACCCGCCUCUACCCCAGUACACCUCCACCCACCUCUACCCCAGUCCCACUCCACCCACCUCUACCCCAGUCCACCUCUACCCCUGUCCCACUCCACCCACCUCUACCCCAGUCCCACUCAACCCACCUCUACCCCAGUCCACCUCCACCCACCUCUACCCCAGUCCCACUCCACCCACCUCUACCCCAGUCCCACUCCACCCACCUCUACCCCAGUCCGCUUCCACCCACCUCUACCCCAGUCCCACUCCACCCACCUAUACCCCAGUCCCACUCCACCAACCUCUACCCCAGUCCACCUCCACCCACCUCUACCCCAGUCCCACUCCACCAACCUCUCUCACAGUACACCUUCACCCAACCUCUACCCACCUCACCUCUCUCACAACCCCACACCACUCCUCUCCACCGCUAUGCCAGUCCCCUUCCCCUUCCACUCCACCUCAACCCCAAUCUACUUCCCCUGUCCAUUAACAUCAUGUGUCCAUUGA